AUGAACAGAUGUGCAGCCUAUGGCACGGACCUGGACACUCACCCAGGGUUCUGUCGCUGGUGGGAACUUAAACCCAGUGGAACGAAUAUAAAGCACCAAGCACAGUAUCCAAAGAGCCAGCUGCACGCGGGCUCCAUCAAAACAAAAACACAGGAGGCCGGCCGGCAGGGCGGCGGCGGGGGCGCGCGGAGGCGGCAGGGUGCGGGCGCGCCCCCGCGCCAUUGCCCAGCGCCGUGGCCGCGCCUCCGCCGCCCCGGGCGCUACCGGCCGCGCGCCCCGGCAGGCCGGGGGCGGGAGGGCAGAGGGCGCCACCCUGUUUACAGCCUUAGCUCCCGGCAGGAGACCCCGCCUGGUAACGGUCUCCCGGGAGCGGACCCUGGAGUGCGCACCACCCGCGGCCCUGCGUGGAAGGAGCCCAGCUCCAGGCCUGUUCGGAAUAGAACCGUCGCCACGGCUCUAGGGUCGAGCUCGCACGAGUCUCCGCUCCUCCAGCGCCCACCGCCCACGGCUGUAUCGUGUCAGCCCCCGUCACGACUCCGCUACGCACUUCGCUCCCACCUUUCAGCUCCGGCGCUUCCGCAGACCAUCCUCACGUGGCCGCUCCCCCCUGCCAGGGCACUCCCCGGCAAGGGCUGCGCUAAGGGGUCCCGGCGUGCUCGCCCCUCGUGGGACGUAACCCCUCUCGGGCCACCCCACCCACAGACUCCGCCCGGGCCUAGGGGCGGGCGGGGCGCGGGAACCACGAGCUGUCAGAAGCCUAGUUUUCCACAUGACGAAGCUCCUUCACUCAAACAUCCCCACUCACCCUCAGCCUAGUUUCAAGCUGAAUCACGCUUAAAACGAGAGAGGAGUGUUAAGUUUUCUUCCUAAUUAGCAAAAAAAAAAAAAAAAAAGACCCAGCUGUACUCAUCCACUAGCUUUAGGCUCCCCACGUCGUCCCACCAAAUACAGACUUAAUAGAAAUGCCCACCGCACACCUGCUACGUAACCUGCUCUCUGGAAACCUGGCGACCCAUCCAGCCUGGGCCUGGGGUGGGACGAGAGCGAUACCAUCCGGUACCCUAAAGUAUGGGAAUGAGAGGGACAGGCAUCCCCCCACCGGGAGCGCUGUCCGCCUGUUUCCCCAGCUUCAGUGCAAUCCAAGGCAUCCUUCGUCCCUCCAGGCGAAAAGAGGGAGGCAGCCAAAGGCUGGAGUGCCCGCGGUGUUUUUCCCUUUGAGAACCCAGACGCGGCGUCCUCGAUAAGCACCCCCGAGCCCGCUGCCUUAUUUCAGGUGGACAGCAAAGGUGGGGUAGGUGGGAGAAACAAGAGGGUGCUCUCUAGAUUCGGGACGUUGCUCUCCGCAGAGUGAAGAGGUGGGAUCUCGAAAUGGAAACAGUCUCCCCCCCUCACCCCCCCUCCUCCUCUUCUGUUUACCUCAAGUUUGAAUUUUAUCUGCGCAACAUUAGCUGGAAUGCGGACAUUGAAACACACACACACACACACACACACACACGCUCAACCCGGCAGCAGCUCCGGAGGAGCCAUGUGGCAUCAGGCCACCUCAAAGGGGAAAAAAGUGCUCUUAGCAACACAAACAUGGCGAAAUCGCCUCUGCAUUCCAGAAGCGAGACGCAAGGGGGGAAAUGAUGCACAUCUAUAUUUGUGGAGCAUAUUCUUCUAGAAUUUCCCUUCGAUCAUCACGAGGAGCGACGGCGGCCCCGGAGACAGGUGCAGUGCUGGCCGAGGCAGCCGGCUAAAAGUUGCUCCCUUCGGGUGGCGGCGGAUCCCCGGCCGGGCCUGAGGACCCCGGCUCCCUGCCCCCCGGUGUCGCCCCCUUCUCCGCCCGGCUGCUGCGUGCGGCUCCGCAGCAGGGGAGGUGGCGUAGUUUCUCUUCCUCCCACCUCUUCUCACUCACUUGUUUUCGUAGCCGUGGGCUCCCUAAUGCUUUCCUCUCCACAAUGUUGUUUCAUUAUAUCAUGUCCAUCAUGUGACACCGGAGAGGCCUCUCUAUGGAAACUUAAAGGGGCUCCCACGUGACUGCAGCCGCAACGGCAGCAGCGGCGGGACUGGCGGCGGCUGCGCCCCGUACCACCCACCGAGAGCCCCUCGCGGCGCCGAGCCGGGAGCCGCAGCAUCCGGGAGCCGCGGCGUCGGUGCGUGCGUGGGGCCUGCGCUCCGUACAGAGCGCCCAGAGCAGAAGGCGCGUCCUCGAGUCCUUAAGUCACUGAGCCCACGCUCUGCUAACUGACAUUUCGUGGCUCCUACUUUAUUUUCCCCAAGAGCAAUGAGUUUUCUAUCAAGUCUGAUUAAUUUUUACAAAGUUAAAAAGAAAAACUGGAUGCGUUCCUCUGCGAGUUCCGCCAGCUCUUGCGUAGAGCAGAAAUGACAAAACAAUAACAACAGAAAUAGCAUCAGGCAUUUGAUACAUAAUUACCAUCACCACCAGCUUUAAAGCUUUCUGGAAUCACAUUCCUCCGGUAACUGUUGAUGAUGCUUGCAGGAGGCAAAAUGCAAUGCAGUUUUUCUCUUCCGCAGCUAUAUUAGGGCUUUGUUGCUGACAACAGUAAAAAGUUGUUUGUGUCAGGAAGUGAGGUACGAAGAUACGACCUAGAAGGUACAGACAAAACCAAAGUGGCAGUUUUUGCUUUACUUUUCUGACCACAUUCUUUAAAAUGGUGAGAAGCAGCUGGUUUGCUGUAAAAUGCAUAGAAAUAUGUUUGGUGGAAAAAUAAACACAUUUUCCCCUUAAUCAUACCAUACAUGCUAGACACUAGACAUAUCUAUUCAUAUAUAUGUGCAUAUAGAGGGAAAUAAAAGCAUGUGCAUUUUUGCGUUAUUUUGAACCAAAAAUUUUGUCAUGAUUUCUAGCACUUAACCGAAGCAUUUAACAAGCACUUUGAAAGACUAAAGUCCAGUAAUGCGUGGAAACCAGCAUCAGUUUUGAGUGCUCUCCCUAUUAUUGAAUCACUACCCCUCUAUGGGCUUAUGCCAUAAAUCACACUUCUCAGCCUUUAAAGUUUUUGUGGACUAUGGAGAUUUUAUCCUGUACAUCCAAGCUAAAUAGCUAUUUCUAUGCUUUAGUUCAUGUAUUUCCACUUACAAGGAAAACUCCCUGUUUGGACUGACAGAAUUAAAAACUGCGCAGGAAACUGGAGUAGGAUAGAAAAUUACCCUUCCUUUGGCUUUGCCUUGACUCUCUUUCCAGUUUACCUCAUCAGCCAUGAUGAGUGAUCUCCACUACAUCCCUUAUAAUGCCAUAAUGUCCCCCAAUUUUUACCUUCCUCUCUACUGCCCAAUUCUUGGAUCCUUUCCCCUGUUCUACCCUUGUCUCCUAAUCCAGCAUCUGUGUCUCCUGGGUACUUAGCUCAGGCCCCCCAAAAUACUCCCUCCCAGUUCUCCUUCCCCUACAGCCCUCUUCCCCCCAUCCUCCCUCCCC